AUGCCGCGGUCGUUGAGGAUCGUCAGUUUCUCGCCAGCUUCCCUGCUGCUUCGGCUGCAGCGCGCCCCGAGGACAUGGCUUCAAACGACCGUUAACAAUGAGCUAAAGCACAAGCCAAACGGAUUGCCUCGUGUUAGUGUUAAAGGGUGUUGCCCUGACGGCCAGAACGAGGCACUGCUACUUCGGCAACGACGAUCAUUUGCGUCAUGUGACCAGAGCCCUCCGCAGGACCUGCCGCCCCCCUCGUGUCUGUUUGAAAAGAUGUCGCUCGCACAAGAAAUAAAAUUCUCCAAAGCUAAUUUGCGGAAACAAUGCACCAGAGUAACGACUUUGAGCGGCAGGCGCAUUAUUGAGACAUGGAAAGGUUCCACUGUACAGGUGAAGUUUGAAGAGCAAACAGUACAGCCUGAAACUGCAUGUGGAUAUUUUCAGGAUAAUAACUGGGACCUUCAGGUUGGAUAUAUUGAAACCAAUAUCUAGGUACUUGGUGAUGCCGCUCAUGACUUUGGUACUUUGAGGAAAUAUAAGGUGAGCCAUAUAUUAAAUGUUGCGUUAUUGGUGUGGAAAAUGCCUUUCCUGACACUGUUCAUCGCUAUAAAAACACUGAGCAUACUGGAUCUACCUGACACUAAUAUCAUAUCAUAUCGACGGAGUGUGCACAAGUUUAUCGACCAGGCUAAAGCUGAGAAAGGAGUUUUACUUGUCCACUGCAAUUUCGGGAGUUUCACGUUCUGGUUUUCGGGUCCCGUCCUUGGAUAUCUGAUGUUGAGAGAAAAUUCAGCAUUUGGUGACACAUUUGCACUGGUGAAGGUCAGCUCGACCACCUCCUCGUGUCCGAAUCCAUUUUUCAUGGAACAGCUGAAAAAACUUCAGACCCGCAAGAGAUGA